AACAUUGUGCAGCUAUGAAGAUACAGUUUCUCCUCUCUUGAUUGAUUCGUUCAUUCAGCUUUUCCCCCUCGGUUGCUAAGUGUGUUGCUAGGGCAGGCCGUUGUUCUUCAGUGUUGGUAUAAUCUGGCAUCAGCUGGCUGAUGCGAUACUUCUCUUGAAUAGAGGGUGUGGGCCACACGUGAUUUAAGCCACCUAAAUCAGUUUCUAAAAAUGAGCUGAGCUCUGAUUCCCCUGGCACUAUGUCCUGUUUUAGCAAUCAUCUUUGGGCCUCUGUGAUUUGGAAGAUAUCAUUAUGAAUCGUUCUGGGUUACCUAUAAAGGCAAAGUAGAUGUUAAUGUUAGAACAUGAUCAUACUUUAUUUCAAAUCAGUGAAACUAAGGUGUUUAAACAAUUACUAUCCCAAGCCUUUGUGGGUCAAUGACAUAAUUUCUUAUAGAAAACUAUUUCUGCAUUUAUGCAACUCACCCACUUAUGCAAUCAACAAGAGAGAGGAAGUGAAGCAACUGUAUAAAGUUCAUCCAAGCAUGAAUAAAGAUCUGUAUUAUUUAACUUUCUAGCAUCAAUAAAACAUGUUUUUAAUAUUGUUUAUAACAUGCAUGAACAUGAAACAAGGUACACAGUUACACAAGUCCUUUUCUGCUUUGUGUUCUUAUGGAAAUCCAUUUAAAAAAGAAUAUAAUAUCCAUCCUCCAUUAUAUCUCACUGAUUAUUGUUGAUUAUUAUUGUACUUUGUUGCUUUUGGCAGACAGCCUCACACUUUUGGCACAGAUGGCUUUGAGCGAGUGUUCGUGUUGCUUCAUCAACUGUAUCACAGAAUGUGUGUCUGACUCUGAAUGCGGUUAUCUUUUAAAACAAGUCUUUAAGUUUAUUGAGAAAGUCUAAACAAUAAAGAGAGUCCCUAGCAAAAGCUUUUUUUCACAUUAGAACCACAUACUUCAAUGUAUUUUGUCCAUAUCUUAUAUGACAGAUGACCACAAAGUAAUAUACAAUUGUGAAGUGGAAGUAAAACGAGACGUGAGUGUGGAGCUAUGUUUUUCUGUCUCUAGCAGUUUUGCAUGUUUAGUGACUAAAACUUUGCCCUCUCAUCAAAAUAGCUCAUGCUCAUUUAGACUGGACUGAGACAAGUCUCACCAGAAAUCCUUAGAUAGAAAAACCUUUAAUCCAAUUUGAAUAACUGAAUCUGACUGCAGUGUUCAAUGGUUAGGAUUAAUUAGACAACAUGUGUUGUGAAUUGGCGCUAUAUAAAUAAACUGAAUUGAAUUGAAAUUCCCAAUGGGAUUAAGGUACAGACAUUGACUGGGCCAUUGUAACACAUAAAUGUCUUUUACAGAUUUGUUCAUUUGAAUUUCAUUUUGGAGAUUUAGAGUGAAGUGGGCAAAAACAAAUGUGUUUCACACUUUUCAGGCUUUGGAAUAAAAUUAGAAAAUGUAUUAUUUUUCCUUUAUUUCACAGUUAUGCACAACUUUGUUUUGGUUUGUCACAUCAAUAAUUAACAAAAUAAAUUCAUGUUUGUGGUCCUAGUGUGAUGAUUAAAAAUGUUUGUGGGGUACAAAUCCUUUUCUAAGGCACUGUAAUUACUGUUCCUUGCCCCACAGUGAAGCUACAGUAUUUGGAGUACAGGUUUGCUUUGCUGGUUGGAUUUUGUCUAACACUCAUAUGAUCAAAGAUCUAGACAAAUGAGAUCAACAAACAAAUAAAAUACAAAUAUUGGAUGUAAUUUUUAAUGUGUCUGGUUCAAGUAUCCGUGUGCCAUCCGUACCAGGCAGGCUCUGAGCUUGUGUGUGUUCGUGUCUGUUUGUGUGUGUUGUGGGUGGGAUUUAGUGGCGUAACAGAGUUCAGACAGGGAGCUCUUGUUUUUGAGCCGUUUCAGUGCCACGUGUAAAGGCUGUCAUAGACAUGUUUCCUGCUAAAAAUAAAUCACUGGAUUUUUAUUUUACCUGCCAUUCAUUAGGGAAUAAAGCUGUGUCAAGCACGAUGGGACCAUUUCAAGAAUAUGAGGAAAAGAAAUCUCCUGAAAAAGGAAGCCCUCGCAGCCGCAUCCCACGUUUGGUUCUCCAUCGUUUCCGACCAAAGGACAAGGGAUCGCCUCUAUCUGAUUCCCUUUUAUCCGAGGAAGACGGUAAGGAGUGUGACAUCAGUUCUGAGCACUCCAAGAGAACUAUCAGCACCAACAGUUUUUGCUCUGAUGACACCGGCUGCCCCACUAGUCAGUCUGUGUCCCCCUCCAAAACCCCGUCAGGCUCAGAGCGGAGUCCCCAUGGGUCGCCGACACUGCCAGAGCGCAAAACCAAAGUGAAGAGGGUGAGGGUGAUGGCAGCGAGUGGAGGAGAGGCCUGCAGCACACCAAGGCACAAGAGGGAGCUGAGGUCAGCCCUAAGAGCCCAAGGCAGUGAGGCAGAUUUCAGUUCCUCCAGCAGCACAGGCAGCCUGAAGACCAAGGAAAUCCUCACGUCGAGUUUGGUUGGAAAGAAAGCUUCCUCACGCUGUCACGGUCCUCGCAUCAGAAUGUUCCCAGUAUUCAAACCAGCUGGGGUCCCAUCUGUGAAGCAUGAUUCAGAACUUUAUGCUCCCUACAGGACUCCUCCAAGAGCUGCUUCUUCAACUCUCAGCAGCAGCUGUAACUCCAGUCCCACUAAUAGAAGAGUGACUUUGGGCCGCUACCACUCCUGUGGAGACAACCACGGCAUCAGGCCCCCGAACCCUGAGCAGUACCUAACUCCACUGCAACAGAAGGAAGUGAACAUCAGACACCUGAAAACCAAGCUGUUGGAGUCAGAGAACAAAGUUCAUGACAGAGAGAAUGAGAUUGGGGAGCUGAAGGCCCAGCUUUGCAGAAUGAGAGAAGACUGGAUUGAAGAGGAAUGCCACAGAGUGGAGGCACAACUGUCCCUCAAAGAAGCCCGCAAAGAGAUCAGGCAGCUGCGUCAGGUGGUGGAAACUAUGAAGAACAGCCUGAUGGAGAAGGAUAAGGGAAUACAGAAGUAUUUCAUUGAUAUCAACAUCCAAAACAGGAAGCUGGAGUCCCUGCUGCACAGCAUGGAGCUUGCCCAAAGUGGUUCUACCCUCCAAGAUGAGGGUGCCCUGGACUUUAUGUGUGACCGUUCUGAAGGGGAUAAGAAGUUGUUGGGGGAGGAAGAGAGUGGGAUGGAGCUGGGAAAUGCGGGAGCGGAGGCAAUGGCAGACAGUGGUCUGUUGGUGAAUGAUGAGAUGGCUAACAGAGAGGACAUUUUUGAGCAGGUCUUCAUAUCUAAUGCAGUGGAUUUCAGUCAGGACUCCGUUUCCAAGCCAAAGUCCCCAGUAGAGUCGGGUGCUGAGAAGCCUGCUCUGUCAGAAGAGGGACAGUUGGUGCAUGCAUCUACUCCACCCCCAGCAUCUCCACCAGUUGGACUUUCAUCCACAGUCAUUAUCUCUUCAAGCCCAUCAUACCAUCAGAAGACAGACAAAGAAGUUCAGACUAACCUUCUGCCCAUAUCGCCAGACCUGCAGGCUCUACUUCAGCUUCUGAAGUUCCAUGGGGCAUCACUUGGGGAUGCUGCUCUUACAGCUCCCAGCAGUCUCCUGGAUUUCCCAAUCCUACCCACAUCUAAAUCCACUGUUGAUCAGUCAGGCUCAGAACGUUUGCAGCCUAGCAUUCUUGGUGGUCCUAACACUUCCACUGAUACCAGUAGUUCAGACCUCACAAAGAGCAGCCGGUUCAUGGAGGAGCUGGACUUUGGUGUCCAGGAAGAGAAACCUUUUGAGUCAGCAAGCAAGAUACUGGUGGAUAAGAGUUACUGGAGCAGCAACUUUCUGGUUGAUCUGGUGGCAGUGGCAGCCCCUGUGUUGCCCACUGUGGCCUGGUUGUACUCGCGACACGGUGUGGACGGAAGCACUCCAGUGUACAACAUUGGGGCUCUGAUUAGGGGCUGUUGCAUCAUGGGAUUGCACUCACUUCGUCAUGUCACUCGCAGGCCAAACACAUAAUCGCUUUAAACUUGCAUGCUCACGCCUAACUUUGAACUGAAAGCACUUUGCCAAGAGCAGUAUGAACUUUGUUUUGUUCAACAACACUUGAUGACAUUAUUGCAGCUGUCAUGGUUUCAACACUGUUAUUUUUGCAUUCUACUGUUACUAUGAAUGGAAGCUUAGUGGUGACCAAACCGUAUUUAUUCUUUAUUUAUUUACAUUAAACAAGCAAAUCAUCUGAGUAGAUGGUUGUCAUGUCCUGUGAUGUUACCUUUUUUUUUUUUUAAGACCUUUAGGAAAUGAAAGACUGGACGCUAAUUUGUUUGGAUUCUGAAAUCUCUUAUGUUUUUGUAUAAAGAAACCUUAAAUGUUCAGCCAAAGCUUUAAUGUUGAGUUCACCGUUUUGUGAAAUCCCCUCACCCUCACUGGACCCUUCCUUUGGAGUAUAGCACUCUGUACAGCUUGUGUAUUUAUGCAAAUAAGUUUAUGCUUUAAGGCAACCUGAGGCUUCUUCUGUGCCUGAGCAAUGUGCAAUAUUGUUGGUUUACAUCAAAUGUUAUUGUAACUUUAUUAUUAAAGCAUGAUAAUUCUGGGCA